GCGGAAUAUGGGCGGGAACCACUCCCACAAGCUCCCAGUGUUUGAUGAGAAUGAAGAAGUCAACUUUGACCACUUCCAGAUCCUGCGAGCCAUUGGUAAAGGGAGUUUUGGAAAGGUAUGCAUCGUGCAGAAGCGAGACACGAAGAAGAUGUAUGCCAUGAAGUACAUGAACAAGCAGAAAUGUGUGGAGAGGGAUGAGGUGCGGAACGUGUUCCGGGAGCUGCAGAUCAUGCAGGGAUUAGAGCAUCCCUUCCUGGUCAACCUGUGGUACUCCUUCCAGGAUGAGGAAGACAUGUUCAUGGUGGUGGACCUGCUGCUGGGCGGGGACCUGCGCUACCACUUACAGCAGAAUGUGCACUUCACAGAGGGCACUGUGAAGCUGUACAUCUGUGAGAUGGCCCUGGCUCUGGAGUACUUGCAGAGGUACCACAUAAUCCACAGAGACAUCAAGCCAGACAACAUCCUGCUGGACGAGCAUGGGCACGUGCACAUCACGGACUUCAACAUCGCCACGGUUGUGAAGGGAACAGAGAAAGCUUCUUCUAUGGCCGGCACCAAGCCCUACAUGGCCCCUGAGGUCUUCCAAGUAUAUGUGGAUGGAGGCCCUGGGUACUCAUACCCUGUGGACUGGUGGUCUCUGGGUGUCACAGCCUAUGAGCUGCUGCGAGGCUGGAGGCCAUAUGAAAUUCACUCGGCCACACCCAUUGACGAGAUCCUCAACAUGUUCAAGGUGGAGCGUGUCCACUACUCCUCCACGUGGUGUGAAGGCAUGGUGGCCCUGCUGAAGAAGCUGCUGACCAAGGACCCCGAGAGCCGCCUGUCCAGCCUCAGUGACAUUCAGAGCACGGCCUACUUGGCUGACGUGAACUGGGAUGCGGUGUUCGAGAAGGCGCUGAUGCCUGGCUUUGUGCCCAACAAAGGGAGACUGAACUGUGACCCCACGUUUGAACUCGAAGAAAUGAUCCUAGAAUCCAAGCCGCUUCACAAAAAAAAGAAGAGGCUGGCCAAGCAUCGGUCCCGAGACAGCACGAAGGACAGCUGUCCCCUGAACGGACACCUGCAGCAGUGUUUGGAGACAGUGCGGAAGGAGUUUAUCAUAUUCAACAGAGAGAAACUCAGGAGACAGCAGGGACACGAUGGCCAGCUCUCAGACCUGGAAGGCGGAAUAGGAAGCCAGUCCUCGAGCAAGCUGCAGGACGGUCGAAACAACAACAUCCUGACCCAUACAUGCCCCCGAGGCUGCAGCAGCUAAGCUCCCCUGCCCAGAUGGCACCCUAUCUGCCCUGAUGCCCAGAACCCCUUCUUUUGUGCCCUGAUGGUCCCUAUCUCACCCCUAAAACAUAAGAUGCAGAAAGAGCUCUGUACUAAGGUCUGGGGAACCUGGCCUUGGGUUCCUGCUUCCAACUGAUUCACUGUGUGACCUUGAACAAAAUGACACAUUUUCU